AUGAGUGAGCCAACAGGCCUUGCUGAGGCUUUCGAGAAGCUAGCUAAGAUCCUCGAGGAGUCGAAAUCUGGGGCCAUCGUUCCUCGACAGGAAGUGGCUCAGAAGAUCGAACUGUCGCCCAUGGACAUGAAGUUAGAGGGGGCUACCAAUUAUCUGAGCUGGUCCCGAAGGGCGUUGCUAGCUGUGGAACAGAAGGAGCUUGAUGGGCACUUGUUGGGUGCUGUUGCUGAACCAGGAGACAAGACUACCGUGGAGGGAAAGAGAUGGAAGGUCAUAAACUCUGUGCUCAUUGGCUGGUUGUUGAACUCGGUGGUGCCCCCCAUUGGACGCUCUGUGGAGGGGCUAUCCACAUCCGCUGCGAUAUGGACGACUCUGUCCACCUUGUACUCAGGUAAGGGCAAUGUCAUGCUCAUUGCUCAGAUUGAGGGGAAGAUCAGUCGGCUGCAUCAAGGUGAUGACAUGUCAGUGAUGACAUAUGUGGCAGAGCUGCAGGCUUUGUGGGCAGAGCAGGAUAACUGCGACCCUCUGGAACUCUAUGAUGCGGCUUGCAUCGAGUCAGGGCGCAAGUGGAUUGCACGCAGGCGUGUGCUGAAACUGUUGGAGGGGCUUAGAGGUUGCUUUCAUGGCAGGAGGGCAUCCCUGUUGCACCAACCUCUCCUGCCCUCUAUUGAGGAGACAGAAGAGUGGACAUCUUGA